AGGUGCAGGUCUUCCGGAAUCCACGAGGGAUAUUGUUUGUCGCAGCAGAGGUCAGCUGGCCUUCGACUUCGGCAGUGUACGAUGACCAGUUUGCUUCUCGAAAGUUCCAGUGAGGUAGUGGAGCAGACCGAAUUAGCGGUACCUGCAGACCGAUUCGGAGCACAACAGGGCGGUGCUGGCUUUUGGAAAGAAUCCAAGCACUGUCCUGGAAGCAGGAAGUGGAAUGCUGCCGCUGCCUUUGGAGACGAAGCAAAGGUCCGGGUUACGGUCAGUCUUCCAUAUUGCUGA